UGCGAAAAUUAGUGCUCAGUCGAAGGCUAGUUAAUGUAUUUACAGUAUGUACAUACUACAUGGUGUUUCCUAAAACUGUAAAGUGUAAAGCCAAGUUUACACGGCAUGAAUGAUAGUUGCUACAAUUAAACUUUAAAAAUAAAAAGAAAGCAAGUGCGUCCUUGUAUAAAACCUCUCAGAUUUUUGACUCUGUCUGUACAAGAACCGUUGCGAAAGGUUCCAAAACUGCGUCUGUAGCAGUACAGCUCUGUAUGUUUACGUAUAUCUAUAUCGUAUAUCUAUAUCUGUAGAAAUUAAUCGUUAAUACACCUACAGUCGUUCUUGAAUUUAUAGGGCUGUUCAGCGUGUUCUCGAACCCUUCCAACUUUUCCGAUUUUGAUUAUUGUACUUACUUCUUACGGAAUUUUAGACGUUCUAGUAUGUCACCGCCUUACCGACCAAGAACGAUGAAGUGAGGCUCUGCAUGCAUCCUCCGCUGUAUAUUUUUUAUGCCUGUCGGUUACGAUGUCGAAAAGUCCUCCCAGCAGCUCGGGGACUGAGCUGCCCUCUUUUGCCACGACAGUCUUGUCUAGAGCAGCUGAUAUUGCGAGUAAUGUGUCGGAUCUGUUGGCUGAAUCCUUCAAUCCGAUCAGCAGUCCAGCGGUGUUUGAAAGCGAUGCCAGUGUAAGGGAAAGCAGCAAUGUUCCAUCAGUCGCUGGGGAUUCUGGUUCCCAGGAUAUCCGCGAUGAUCAUAGUAGCAGUCCCGAAAUGCCGAUGAGCAACGGUAGUGCUUCCAUUGAUAUCGACGAAGCGGAAGAUGACACGCACGACGUCGAACCUAAAUUUAAAUACGAGCGGCUUUUCCCCGAUAGAAACAUUGAAUCCGCGAAUAUCUUGUUCCGGGACAGUGCUACAGCACUCGCGGUACAUCCCAAAUUAUUGGCACUGGGCACGAAAAAUGGGGAAAUUCACAUACUGGAUUUACAAGGGAAUAGGAUAUCGCUAAGCGUUCCUGUUCCGAAACAUGCGGGUCCCGUUAACGAUAUAUCCCUGGAUGAAGCAGGGGACUACAUGGCGUCCGCCGGUGAUGAUGGCAAAGUAUUUGUUCAUGGUUUAUACCACACGGAUGACAAUUACCAAGUCAAGCAUUCGGAACCAGUGAAAACUGUGGCCAUUUGUCCGAACUUCACGGCAUUCGGCCUCUCCGUAGCCAACAAGAGCAUGGUGUUCGGCUCACGGCAGCUUAUUUUGUGUGAAAAACGCUUUCUGGGGACUAAAUUAACAACCUUGGAUCCGGGCGACGGGCGAGUGACUCGCAUUAAAUGGUUUGGAAAUUUUUUAGCCUGGGGUAACCGAUCCGGUGUGAAGGUAAUGGAUAUGAAAGAGAAACAGGUGAUUGGUCUAAUUCCCAAAGAUCAGCGGGAUGAUGGUAAUGAUUACCCGAACAAGUGUGAAAUUUUCUGGAUGGAUUCACGAACACUGCUGGUCGCAUGGCCGCAUGUGUUCAGUGUGUGCGCCAUUCGGGAUAGGAGAAAAUUAUCCAAUUCAUCCUUGAGUUCCGGGGGGCUAACCAAGCUGCCAAACUUUGAACUGGUGAUCAACAAGCUCAUUCAUACAGAAUUUGCUAUUGCGGGUAUUGGGCCCUAUGUAGAAGAUCAGUUUGUAUUGCUGGGAUAUAAUAUUGUUUCCAAAGAGGAUGACAAGAAAGUGCAGAUGCGGAUUGUAAGGCCGAAGUGGGAAGAAUUUGAGGAUGUGACCUGUGAUGAACUUCCUCUGCGAGGAGCUUUAUACGCCACGUAUGAAGAUUAUAAGCUGCAAAGCUUGCCAGAAGAUGGUUUAUAUUUUAUUGUGAGCCCAAAGGAUGUCGUGGUAGCUAAGCCUCUGGACCUUGACGAUGUGAUUGACUGGCUACUGGAGCGCGGCCGGCACGAAGAAGCUAUGAAAGUAGCUGGUAAAAAUAAUGGGCGCACGCUGGUACGACACAACAUACGGGACAUCGGACGACAGUACGUGGAUUAUUUACGAUUGAAAGAUAAUUACGAAGAAGCGGCACGCGUUUGUCCUAAAGUGCUGGGUAAAGACCGAAUUGCGUGGGAAGAGCAAGUGGCAGAGUUUUAUCGUGCUGGCAAACUACGAAUUCUAGCACCGUACAUGCCGCGCUCCGCCGACUUCCAGUUGACCCCCGGAUUGUAUGAACUUGUGCUGGCAUCCUUCCUGCAGGAUGACCACGAGGGAUUUCUUCGAAUGGUGAAGGAAUGGCCAGCGACACUUUACAAUGUCCAAGCCAUUAUUAACUCUGUGAUCGAAUUCCUGCUCAGGGAUCCUAACCAGAAGGUCUUGCUUGAAUCGCUUACCACUUUAUAUACGCUAGUGGAACAGUACGAUAAAGCGCUUAAAAUCUGCGUAAAACUCAAACAUCCAGACGUAUUUGAGUUAAUCAACAAGCGCAGUUUAUACAAAACCAUCGUUGACCAACAGUUGCUCGUAGCCUUAAUGGAUAUUGAUGCUGAACAAACUGUGCGUCUGUUGACGGACAAUAAUGAACGCAUUCCCAUUGCCAGUGUCGUUACACAACUGCAGAGCCGACCUCAGUAUUUGCUUCAAUAUCUGGACAGGCUGUUCCAGAUGAAUAAGACCAUCGGGAAAGAAUACCAUGACAUUCAAGCUCGCCUCUAUGCUGAAUAUGAGCCAAAAAAGCUGCUGCAUUUUAUGCAAAACAGCAAACAUUUUAUGCUCAAUACGGCCUUUGAAGUGUGCGAGAAGAAGAAUAUGUUUCCCGAAAUGGUGUACCUCUUGAGUAGGGUAGGUAGUCGAAAAGAAGCAUUGGAUUUAAUUUUACUACGACUUGGAGAUAUUGGACGAGCAAUUGAGUUUUGCAAGGAACAGAACGAUAACGAGCUAUGGAUGAUCUUGAUAAAUUAUUCCUUGGAUAAACCUGAUUUUAUAACCGUGUUAUUGCGUAAUAUCGGAACACAUGUUGACCCUACCAUUCUAGUCCGUAAGAUCAAGAAUGGACUACAAAUACCUGGCCUGCGUGAUUCUCUUGUUCGAAUUCUGCAAGAUUACAACUUACAGAUAACCUUGCGAGAGGGCUGUCGAAAGAUUAUGGUCAGCGAUUGUUAUCAACUACUGGUGAAGUUGCUUAAAUUACGCCAACGCGGAUUUUCUGUUGAUUCGGAAUCGGUCUGCCACAUCUGUAAGAACCAUGUCGUUCUUAAAAAGAAUUCCUCCUCUGAUCUUGAUGGUGGAGUAACCGUCUUCCAGUGUAAACAUGCAUUCCACACAGAUUGUGCUCUGACGUCUGGAGUGGGAUGCCCUGUAUGUGCUCCCAAACGGAAAUAUGAUUUUUUUACUUAAAAUUGUUAUUUUAUUUUUUUAUCUAUUCAAGAAAUUUUCAGUCAAGUAAUCGCAGUCUGUGAUCCGGGCAUAUGUUUGAUUCUGAUUUGGUUGCAUUGUUUUGAAAAAUAAAGCGCGCAUAUGUGCAAGUAUACCUAAUAUUUAUUGUCAGUUGGGAAUCCAUAAUAUAUCGGUAAUUCAAAUUUCAUUACUUACUACAAAGCUGUUUAGUGUGACCAUAAUGCUUUUACUAGCUAAGUAAAAGCAUUAUGGUGUGACUGCUGGGUCGGUCGCAUGAUGCGAAGUUGGGUACCGUGUGGGUAUUACGCAAUGCCAAGAAAUCAUUUUC